AUGAAGUAUCUGCCCGUGGUUGCCUUGGCUUAUGCCGAUCCAAUCUACUACAAGACCAGUGGGGUAGCUCCCGUACCUGCUUUUGUACGAGCUGCUUCACCCUACUACAAGUACGCUGCCGCCUUCCCCACCGCGGCAGCCCCUGCUGCUCCCGGGUACCCUGUUGCUAUCGCAGCAGACAACACCCUGAACCUGAAUGCUGGCGCCAAAGUCCUAGCUUUCGAUCAGGCCAGUAUCAGCGCUCCUGCAGGCUAUGCCCCUGCUAGCUUCGCUCCUGCUAGCUUCGCUCCGUACUACAAGAGCUUCGCAGCAUCAGCCGCCCCUGCCGCCCACGCUUAUGCCCCUGCCGCCCACGCUUUUGCUCCUGCCGCCCACGCUUUUGCUCCCGCCGCUACCCGUGUCUUCACCGCUGCUGCUUUCCCAGCCUUAGACGCGGCUGCUUCCGUCUUCCCGGCUGCUGUUGAAGCCGAAGACAGCCUGACUGCUGCUGUCAAGUCCCAACUAGCUCUUGAGCAGGCCAAUUUUGGUGUUGCCUCUAGCUAUGCCCCGUACUACAAGAGCAUCAUGGGAGCCGCCCCUGCCAACCUCGCUGCUGCCCCCGUCGUCGCCGUCACCGAGUUCGCCCCAGCUGCAACCCGAGUCUUCGCCCCUGCCGGAGCUGCUGCCACCAAUGUUAUCCAAGCUUUUAGCCCUGCCGCCGCUAUGGCUGAGUUCGCCCCAGCUGCAACCAGAGUCUUCGCCCCGGCCGGAGCUGCUGCCACCCAUGCUAUUCAUGCUUUUAGCCCUGCCGCCGCUAUGACCGAGUUCGCUCCCGCUGCAACCAGAGUCUUUGCCCCUGCAGGAUUUUCUGCCGGAGCCGCUUCCAACUACGCUGUUCACGCUUUUGGCCCAGCCGCCGCCGCAGCCAGCUACGCCCCAGCUGCAACUCGCUUUUUCGCUCCUUCUGCAUAUCCUGCCGCAGCCGCUGCCAGCCCCGCAGUUUAUUUGGCCGACUCCGAUGCUUACAAAAUCAACCAUCCCUCUCCGAUUGUUAAGAUUGUUCUUGCUCUGGCUUCCUUGGCGUAUGCCAACCACAUACACUACGGCCCCGCCGCCUGGUCUGAGUACGCUCCCGCUGCAGGCCGCGUCUUGGCCCCUGCUGGACACCUAGCCCCAGCUGCUGCUGGCAACCCCGCAAUUGAAGCUUUUGGCCCCGCCGCCUGGUCUGAGUACGCUCCCGCUGCAGGCCGCGUCUUGGCCCCUGCUGGACACCUAGCCCCAGCUGCUGUUGGCAACCCCGCAAUUAAUGCUUUUGGCCCCGCCGCCUGGUCUGAGUACGCUCCCGCUGCAGGCCGCGUCUUGGCCCCUGCUGGACACCUAGCCCCAGCUGCUGUUGGCAACCCCGCAAUUAAUGCUUUUGGCCCCGCCGCCUGGUCUGAGUAUGCUCCCGCUACAGGCCGCGUCUUGGCCCCUGCUGGACACCUAGCCCCAGCUGCUGUUGGCAACCCCGCAAUUGAAGCUUUUGGCCCCGCCGCCUGGUCUGAGUAUGCACCCGCUGCAAGCCGCGUCUUGGCCCCUGCUGGACACCUAGCCCCAGCUGCUGUUGGCAACCCCGCAAUUGAAGCUUUUGGCCCCGCCGCCUGGUCUGAGUAUGCUCCCGCUGCAGGCCGCGUCUUGGCCCCUGCUGGACACCUAGCCCCAGCUGCUGCUGGCAACCCCGCAAUUGAAUGCUUUUGGCCCCGCCGCCUGCCCCAGCUGCUGCUGGCAACCCCGCAAUUGAAUGCUUUUGGCCCCGCCGCCUGGUCUGAGUACGCUCCCGCUGCAAGCCGCGUCUUGGCCCCUGCUGGACACCUAGCCCCAGCUGCUGCUGGCAACCCCGCAAUUGAAGCUUUUGGCCCCGCCGCCUGGUCUGAGUAUGCACCCGCUGCAAGCCGUGUCCUCGCCCCUGCUGGAGAACUUGCCGUAGUUGCUGGCAAUCCCGCAAUCAACGCUUAUAGCUCCAUCGCUCCCGUGGCUAAGUUCGCUUCCGCUUCUCCAGCAGUUUAUCUCUCCGAUUCGGAUGCCCUCAAAGUCAAACAUCUCUCCGAAAUUGCUAAGGUUCUGUCUCACUCAUAA